AUGACGUCAAAUGCUGCCGACACGAUGAACAGUAGGUUGUUGUGGGCACGAUGCCUCCCGGUUGCCUCAUUAAUCGAGACUUAUCGAGCCAUUAUGGAAAAAUGGUUCGAUGCACAACGCCUCUCGGCUGCAUCGAGGUCACACGAGUUGACUGAGUUCGAUCUGGACGACAUUCCAUGUCGUCAUGCUUGUGCCGCUAUUAGACGUGCAGGUUUGCAAGUGACUGACUUUGUUGGGAAAUAUUUCAAACAAUCGAUUUUGUUGGCCAUAUACAUGCCUCAUAUUGCGCUCGUGCCACAUGCUAUGUAUUGGAAUGUGCCAGAGUCGAUAUCAGCAUAUGUUGUGAAACCCCCGGAUAUCACACGUCAUGCGGGUCGCCCGAAGAUGAGUAGGGCUCGUUCGGCAGUCGAGGGUUCGUCUAGGUCGCAACCUCAAGUAUGCUCACGUUGCAAGGGUCAAGGUCACAAUGCUCGGAGGUGCACAUCGACACUUGCAUUGGACUUGAAUGUGCCAUUGGAUGAGAACGAGAGCGUCGAGCCACCACCCGUUGCACGAAGGCGACGUAAGAAAAAAUGUGGUAUUUGUAGGAGUGAAGAUCACACUAGGAAUGCAUGUCCUAGGCGGGAGAAUGAAUGA